GAAACUCGCUGUAAGCCCUCGUCAAGUUGAGGCCGGCCUGAUUCUUCUCUAUCCUCUGCCGCUACGUCGCGUAAGCCAGCGUGCACCAAAACGAGGACCCACCGACGGUACGGCGCCGUGAGACCUGGCUGCGACAAGGUGUCGCAGGGGCACGGUAGGCCAACCCCGUGAAGCUCCCCCUCGAUUGGGGUCCGCUCGAUCCGAAACGACACACGGCGAGGAGAAGGAAGGACCAGGAGGACUCGGAGGGCGCAUGCUCAACAGCUCGCCUUUGGUUUCGGGUCUCGCGCGCACGCGGCAUGCCUCCCGCUGCCUCCGCCUCGGAUCGCCGUCUCUCCCCUUGCGCUACGUCCCGCGCUCGACGCCGCGCUCGCCCGCCUUGGCUCGUCCCGCCUUUGCUGGUUCACGCUGUAAGCCCUCAACAAGCUGAGGCCUGCUCGAUUCACCGCCAUCUUUCGCCGCCGCAACACACGACGAGGAGAUGGAAGGAUCGAGAGGACUCGGAGGGCGCACGCUCAACAGCUCGCCUUUGGUAUUUGGGUCUCACGCGCGCGGCACGCGUCUCGCUGCCUCCGCUCCAGCUCGCCGUCUGGCCUUUUGCGCUAUAGCUCGCGCUCGACAUGGCGCGCGCACGUCAAAUAGCCCUUACCACCCCGCCGCCAAAGCCCACGCCCUUGGCCCGCGCGAUCUGCUCAAGACGCCGCGCGUUUGAUCAUUUGUCCCGCUCCCCGCCUUGACCGCUGCGUCUGCCUAGUGCGCCGCCG